UGCUUCAACUGACACAUAUUGUUUUGAACUUUUCUGAAAAUGCUAACAAAUACUAUUUUUAUUCAAGAGUCUUUUCCACGAUUGUCGAUACAUUCAUUUUAUUAUGUUGAUAUGUAUUUACCCUGAAGUUAUUCAGGAAGUCGUAGAGGAGGGGGCUGGAACUUGGAGGCCUCGACAUUUGACAACUUUGGUAGGAGUAAAAAAAUCCUACCUUGGAACAUCUGAAUUAACUAUUGAAAAAAAAAACGUACAUAGUAAACAUGCAGCUGAAAUACAUAUGUUCAGUAUGGUUCCAGUUUAUAUCAGUUUUUAUGAUCAGUCAGUGGAAGAUUACUGAAGCUCAUGGACAAAAAAAUCUUGUACAUGAAGAUUCAAAUUACAAGUGCACUAUUGAGGAACACACAGGUCGACAUGGGGUUAUUAAAAGUCCUGGAUAUCCUCAGCCAUACAAUAACCACACUUGUGUGAUAUACAUUAUUAAUGUAAAGGGACCGGAUGAGGUGGUUACAGUCAGCUUUGAUGACUUGGAUGUUGAAGAAAGCAGCAGGAUGUGCCUCAGCCCUCCUUGUUGCGAUCAUAACUGGUUAAAGGUAGGACCAUUACUCCAAGCCAAGUUCAAGCACUACUGUGGACAGGGAAAGGCCCGACCAGAUCCAGUAAUUAUACAGGGAAAAGCAUUAUGGAUCAAAUUCUUUACAUCAUCUGUUCUCAAAGGGGCAAGAGGAUUUAACCUAUCUUAUAUUGUAGGUGAUAAGAAUGCAGAUCAAUGUCAAGAUAACGAGUUCCAGUGUAACAAUAAAAAAUGCAUUCUCAACAGAUGGCGCUGUAAUGGAUUUAAUGAAUGUGAAGAUGGAUCUGAUGAGAUAUCAUGUUCAGAUAAGACAAAUCCUACUCCAUGUUUAGAGGGAUGGUUUCAUUGUAACAAUCAACAAUGUAUAGAUGAAUCUUGGACCUGCAAUGGCAUCAAUGAUUGUGGAGACUGGUCUGAUGAGGCAUUUUGUGAAGAAAAAUGCAGUGUUACAGAGUUUAGGUGUCACUCAGGAAACAGCUGUAUUCCAACAGAAAAUCGUUGCAACAUGGAACCAGAUUGUCUAGAUGCCAGUGAUGAGCUUGAUUGUGACUGUGGUCCUAACCAGACAAGAUGUAGCUUCACGUCUUCAAACUGUUAUAAUGUUGUCACUGAGAGAUGUGACAGAAAAUUUGAUUGUCCUAAAGGUGAAGAUGAGAUGGGGUGUAGCAAAGACUGUGAUAACAGUAUUACCUGUUUAUCUGGAUUUGGUUGUUACACAGUGGAGCAGCAUUGUGAUGGUAAUCCUCAUUGUGGUGAUUUUUCAGAUGAAAUGAACUGCGAUUCUCUCUCUUGUCGAUCAGAAAGGGGUGGUUUCCUCUGUGGCAAUGGUCGCUGUAUACACAACACUUGGAAAUGUGAUCGUGUAGAUGAUUGUGGAGAUGGUAGUGAUGAAAAAGUCUGUGUGAAGAACAGUGUUAUUACAGCAGCUGUAAUGGGCUCAUUAAUUUGUGGCCUGUUACUGGUGGUUGCUGUUAGUUGCAUGUGUAAACUUUUUGCCCUGCGGUACUUGGAACAUCAUCCAGAUUAUUCUAGACAGACUCCACUCUCACGACUGGAGCAAGAGAUCAUGUAUCGAGAGCCUCCACCAUCCUAUGCUGUUGCAGUUAGCCACGACAGACCCGAUAUACCAAAUCUGAAUUCACGUCGAUUUCGGUCACAGCAGAUCCGAAGAGCUAGAAGACUAUCACGCACUCAUCGACAAACACAGCGUUCACCAUGCAGUUUGAUCAAUAAUACCACUCUUGUGGAGCCUUCUCCAGCAUCUUCACAGAGGCCUCUUUUAUCUUCCCCUUCUUUAAGUCCCUCUGGUAGCACACAAUCGAGAUCUAGUUACCAUUCCCAGACAUUAGAAAAUACAAGUGAAAGUGAUGUAAGUAUAUCAACAACUACCACUUUUGUUCAUAAUUCGGAUUACGAGGGAGAACGUGCUUGUAUUGCUGACAAUCAGCGGAGUGUCCGUAAAAAGUCUUCCUCCUCACAGCAGACUGUGCUCCCACUGUCUUCAAGGUCAGUAAAGUAUGACCAGGAGUCUGAGAUGGAUUCAUCUUGUGUAGCUCAAAGGGAAGAAGGCAGCAGUGGCAAUAAAAACAAACCUCAAGGAAGUAGUGAUGAAUGUAUCCAAAUUGACCUAGGAAGACUUGACAUUCAUCACUCUUGUGAAAGUCUGACCUCAGCAGUUGAAAAUUGCAACCCCUCUGAUACAAUGCCAUUAAUAUCGUAACAAAGAAUUUAGUAAGGAAGUGAUACUUCUGUAUUUCAAAAAUUAUGAUUACCGUGUCUACUACUGACAAAUGUUAAUAUAUUAAUGUCAACAUAAAUUUAUCCAACCAUUAUUGAAGCUUCUUUUAGCAGAUGAGGUAUGUUGCUAUUAAAACUUCCCAGUGAAUUGCUUGUAUUUUUAUUGCUGCUUCUCAAUGUAUGACCUCACUGUUCACAGAUCUCCCACCCCCCAUACACAUGCACUUUUUUCUUCUUGUAAAGAUCCUAUCAAAUGGAUUAUUUCUAAAAUGAGGUAAAUAGGUUUUACUACAUAUGUGUAGUGAUUAAGUAGAAGUAAAAUAUAGUACAAUAUACACAAGAACUAUAUUUUUAUAUGAAGAGUAACAAAAACAAGGUCAGACUUGCUAACUUCUGUGAUAAAUGUUUUAAACAUAUAUCUGUAGUCCAUGUAAUUAGUAAAUUACAAUAUGUAUGAUUUUGUGUGUGUGUUUAUUAGAAACAUAUGUACAAGUCUGUAGAUAAAUGAAAGAGGUCAGUAUCAAGUUACAUUUUUUAACUCUGAAUGUGAUCUAAGAUGUCAACUCCCCAUAUGUUGCCAACUUUUUAGAAAACAAAACAAUAAUUCCUUUCAUUCUAAGUUUAAAUAUUUAAAGUAUAAAUCUUUAAUACUCCCUUAUGUAGUGCUAGUUAUGCAAAAGAAGUCCUUGAUUUUUAUUUUUUGUUGUUUCUGGUACUGAACAUGCAGGUACCAAACAUUUGUCAAAAUACUAAACUGUGACAUCAACAUUCUGUUAUGUUUUAAGGUUUAUGGUCAUUAAUUAAUAUUUAAACAAGUUUCACAUAUUUUUUGAUAGAUUGCUUAAGCAGAGUAUUCAUGAUGAAAUUUUGUAGAAUGGAGGGCAACUGCCUGUUGUAGAGGAUGAUGUUUCAAAAGUUUUCUGUCUUUCGUCUUCAGGACCUGAAGACGAAAGGUGGAAGACAGACUUUCGAAACAUUGUCCUCUACACUUGUCUCUACAACACACAGUUGACGUACAUUCUACAAAGUUUCAAGUUUCACAUAUUUAAUAAGUAUGAGUAAUAGGAAUUAAUGUUCUAGAAAAGUCACGGAUUUUAUCAACUGAGAAUAUGAUCAUAACAAUAUUUAUAACUUUAAUUAAUGUAGAGUGCUUGUCUAACAAUGUUAUAAGAAUUAAUUUUAUUACCUACACCACCAAAGAUUGUGUUUGUCAGCAAGAUUUCUCAAAUAGAUGAAUGUAUUUUGGCAAAAGUUGGUAUUGGACUGUGACCAAACUUAGAAGUGAUUAGUUUUAGGCAGAUCAAGGUCACGAAAAAACAAAGUAUCUGUUAACACGGGGACUGAUUUUUCACACUAUUUUUGCUCUAUAACUCAGUCAAAAACAAUUGGAUUUUGAUGAAACUUGGUGGGCACGUGUAGAAUGUUAUUCCUCAUUAUCCUGCAAAAAAUGGUCUGUGUCCAUUGGUAAUGACAAACAAACACAUUUUUGUAUUUAUUUAGGGCUGAAUUUGAUCAACACUGUGUGGUGAAGGUAUGCGUUGUACUGGGUGCCCCUCUAGUUUAAACUAAAUUUUCAGUGUAUCGUUGGUAGGUAACAGAGAAAGCAAGCACACAUUACUGUGUGACCAGGUUAUAGGGAGAAGAUAUAGUAACAUUUGCCCACCCACAAGGAUAUUUCUUGUACACUUAGAAAAGUAUUUUAAAUAAUUACUUUCAACUUCAGUAGGCUGCAGAUUUAAGACAUUGCUUAUUUGGGAAAAUCAAGUGCUCAAAAUAUAACUGCUGAAUUUAAAAGUUGUCAUUGUUUAAACUACUCGUAUAGAAUGUAAGAUACAUUUUAUCAAAACAAUCAAGGAAAAAUUGUAUUCCAAAUACAAUAGAUACCUAUUUUAAGUUGUUGUUUUUAUUAUAUUUUAAGAUGCAUAAAAAGUGUUUUGGCAACAAAUUUAACCUUCCUUAUGUUUGUUCCUGAAGUUUGUGUAUAUUUUGUUAUCACUUUGAACCAAACAUAUAUAUAUAUAUAUAUAUAUAU